UCGACUGACUUCCUGUUGACUGUCAACUGAUUUGAAAACAACAGCGUCACAAAAACAUCCCUGUUCUUCGCUUCAUAACAUUAACAGCCUCGGUCGAAGAAGUACAUCGUUGCCGAUUAGCUGUUUUAACGUGGUUCACAAAUUCGGACUGUCUUUUCCGUCGUGAGCGUGAAAUGCCGGUGACGCUGCUCUGAAAUGAAAUGAAAGAGGAAGUGAAACUUAACGCAGCUGGUUUGGACAUAACGUUAAACCCAAAAGAGCGAAGAUAAAACAGAAAGCAAACUUUAAAGUUGCUUAACAAGUGAAGUAUCCUGCUACUACUCCUGGCCUCAGCAACAUGACGUCGACAAAAUACCUGUACUUCAUCAUAACAAGAAAACUUGAAGCCCCACGACACAUCAAUGCUGGCUGCAUCUGUUACAUCAGUGAAAGCAAUCACAGAUCAGAACUCAGCAAAAAUCAAUCUCUCAAAAAGUUGCGCGUCUUCACCAUGAGCAGAUAUACAUUAGAUUAUGCGAUUGAGGUGAGUAGCAUGGAAGAGCUGAGUCCAGAGGAAGCAGAGCUGCUGCAGGCCCUGCCUGAUGAUGCAGAGAGGCUGAAAUGGUUCAAAGAGAGAGAAGCUCUUAAAACAGCCCUAGGACUCAAAGUUGGAUCUGCAGUGACUGUGGAAGAAGGAGGAGAGAAGCUUAGAGGCAUCGUUCGCUACGUUGGAAGAAUAACAGACCCUUCGUAUCCCUGUCCCUUAUCAGGAACGUACUUUGGCAUUGAACUGCAGGAUACAGACAAGGGGAAGGGGACUACUGAUGGAUCCUACCAUUAUAAAACCCUCUUCUCAUGUUCGAAAGAUUGUGGCAUUUUUGCCCCGUUCUCCAGAGUCAGGCCUGUACUUCCCAGCUCCUUGUCACCCUCCAUCCCUGAGCUCUCUCCACAUGUAGAAAUGGAUAAGCUAAUCCCAGGGGACAGAGUCACUUACUUCCCGGGUGAAAAGUGUCGCCAUGGAAUGGUGGUGGAUGUGCAGGAAAAGGAUGGACAACAUUUUGUUCGUAUCUCCACGGACACAGAUGAGAAUGGAAAGAGAGGGGGUGAAGUUGAAGUCCCACUACAGUUGGUUGCCAAGGGGGAGGUGCCUGCAGACAGCAUGGACGUUGAUACAACCCUGGUGGAUCCAAACACUGAUCUGUACAUGGAUCUGAGUGUGAACUCUGUGGUAGAGGUCAACAUGGGUGCAGGCAAUUUAUAUGGAAUCAUCCGCUGGAUCGGCAAUUUGCCUGGUCGACCGGAAAUCAUGGCUGGACUCGAGCUGGAGGAAGAUAAAGGAGUGAGUGAUGGUACCUUCAAAAGUGAGCGUGUCUUCAAAUGUCCCCCCAAGAGAGGUCUGUUUGUGAAGCUUGGCUCCUGCCGUCCUGACUCAAGAUUUCAGAGCACAUCGGCCGAUCAAAGCGAGACGAUGCUUAAACAGGACGACAUGGAAUGUAAAGGGAAAAGAAAGAUUAUUUGUAAGGAAAUGCACUAUGUGGCCAAAAAGAGAGAGAUAGAGCACAGCACAGGGAAGCUGGAAACUGUUCCUCCAAUCAGCACGGAGCAGGUUAAACAGAUUUUGAUUGGACGAAUGAAGGGGAUCCAAGGCCACUGCAACUCCUGCUACAUGGAUGCCGCCCUCUUCAGCUUGUUUUCUUGCUCCUCUGUGUUGGACUCCAUGCUGUUUAAAUCAACUGAACCUCAAGAUGCCCCCAUUCAGAAAACACUGCUCCAUGACAUUGUUAAUCCCCUCCGCAGUAAGGGCUUUGUGGAAGGGCGGCACAUCAUGAAGCUCCGGCAGCAGCUGCAGAAACAUGGCUACAGUCACUCCUUCACCACAGAUGAGAAGGAUCCAGAGGAGUUCCUUACUGUCAUCAUGCACCACAUUCUUGCACUGGAUCCUCUACUCAAACUCUCAGCUAGUGGGAAAGUGCAGGAGAGUUACUGCUAUCAGAUCUUCUUAGACCAGAACCACAGCCUGGUGCUGCCUACAGUCCAGCAGCUGCUGGAGCAUUCAUUCUACAGUGCAGGACUCAAGCUGGCAGAGGUACCAUCCUGCCUCAUCCUCCAGAUGCCUCGCUUUGGGAAGAAAUUUAAGAUGUUUGACAAGAUCAUUCCCUCUCUGGAGCUGGACGUCACAGACCUCCUGUCUGAAGGUCCUCAGCAGUGCAUGAUAUGUGGAAACUUGGCACAGGAAGAGUGCAACGACUGUUUCAAAGACACCCUUUUCAGCCAGACGGGAUUCAAAAUCUUCUGCAAGAAGUGUUCAUCUCAGGUACACAAUCAUCCUCAACGCCGAGACCAUAAGCUAGUUGCUCUGGACAUCCCUAAGGCUUACUUGGCUUGCGACAUAACUCACCCUCUGACCAGAGACAAACUGGAGCUGUUCGCUGUGCUCUGCAUUGAAACCAGCCACUACGUGUCCUUCAUCAAAUACGGACCAAACAGCCAAGACUGGAUCUUCUUCGACAGCAUGGCAGACAGACAAGGAGAGCGAGACGGCUACAACAUCCCCGAGGUCCGCUCCUGCCCUGAGGUCGGCGACUACCUGGAAAUGUCGCCAGUGGAGUUGGCCAAUCAGGUGCCUCGAGACAUGAAAGGUGUGGCUAAACGUCUCUUUUGUGACGCCUACAUGUACCUAUAUCGGAGCACCAACAUGUGUCUGUAUCGCUGAGGGGAAAAGACCCCACAGCUUUACUCACUGCACACUAUGUCAUAAAAAAAGUUGCCCUGCUGUUCAUGUAAUUUCCUUUGGCUGGAUUGGUUUGUUAUUCUUUUAUGAAUGUGUAGAAGUACACACACGAACUAAAAACGUGUGUAUACAUACAUAUAUGCCUGCCCUAUGUCGCUGGUAAAGUGUUAUCAGGGUUGAAUAACUUAUAACAGCAUCGGUUUCUAUAAUAUUGUAUGAAGAAAAAAAAGGACAACCUGACAUUGCUUGCUCAAUGAUUUUGCACUAUAAAAACAAGAAAAUGAUCAUCACUGACAUGUGUUGGCAAAAAUAAAUGACAGGUUGCACUGUAAUAAUAGGGUUUUGUAGAUUACUGUAUACUCUUGGUGUUUGAUAAUUAUAUUUACAAUUUUUAUAUUUAGAGUUUUGCAGACAAAGACAUCUAAAGAAAGACUAAUGAUUUCAGAGUGGCUUGUUGUAAUAAAUGCCCCAUAUACAGUACUUAUGUAAAUACAAUGCUGUUUAAUUGCUUAGUAAAACUCACCAUUGCAUCUUAAUGUUUUCUGACCAAUAAGGGGUUUAGGAUUGUGGCUGGACCAAUUACUUUAUAUUUCGGUAAAAUUUGUUCCGAUGGAAUAGUAAAUAAUAUAUUGCUUUUGAUAUGAAAAUUCUUUUUCCAUCUAUCAGCAUCCUAACUUAUGUUUGGGAUAACAACACUGUUAAGUUGGGAAAAUAUAUACAGUGCAAUGAAUAUAAUUUUUAAAUAAAGUAAUAAAACACAUCCCAAAUCCUAUAC